AUGAUUUCAACAAUCGGCACAACAACAAUUCAAGCCACAAACGGCGGGACUCUGUCCACAACUACAGCACCAAACUCGCUAGUCAUGAAUCCUACGUCAAUGUUGGUAGAGAUGAAAAGCUUUAUUCCUUCUUCAUAUACUUUUGAAACAGAAAUCCAGAAGAUAAAGCAAGAACUUUUAACAAGUAAUUUAGACUGUAGUGCGAAAGAUGAAACAAAUGAACAGUAUCUUUAUGAAAUGGAGGACCUCAUCGACCAUUUGCCUAAACUACCUGAAAUUCAGCAGUAA